AUGGCUCGCGGGGAGAGGCGGCACGUGCCGCACGAUCCGGCGGCUCCCAGCCCCCCGCCGUAUCGCGAUGACAACCUCGAUCGCUCCCCGGCCAAGGCGCGGUUCACGUCGACGCGGGACAAGUACGGCUCGCCGAGGGUGUCCAAGCUCACCGCGGGCACCGUGAAGCUCGGCGGUCCCCUCACGCCCUUCCCGUCGGAGGUGAUGAAGCCCGAGCCGCAGGGGCUGGUGCUGGUGCCCAAGGUGAAGGUCGAUCUCGCGCGAGCGAGGUACACGAAGGGGCGGGACAUGCCCUCGAGGCCCACGAGCGCCACGACUGCGCACAGCGCCACCUCCAUGGUCCACUACCAGACCACCAAGGAGCGGCUCCUGAAGGAGAAGGAGUGGGAGAGGGUUCACCCGAGGCAGUUCAUCAAGGUGUCGCGGACCGCGCGACCCGGCGACCGCGAGGGCAUGGCCCCGGACCCCACCGUCGAGACCGCCAGGACCGCGAUGGAGAAGCGACGCGCGCUGGAGCACGAAGCCGCCGUCGCGCAUCUGGAGAAACUGAGGGUGGAGGCCAUAGAGGAGAGGGACGCGGCGGUGGCGGAACGGAGGUCGCUGACCACCGCGCACAUAAGGCGAGAGUUCGGGGCGCAGCGGGAGAGGCGACGGGACUGGUGCGAGCGCGCGGUGGCGACGGCGGCGUGGAAGCCGAUGGAUGCGAACCGAUUCGAACAGACGCUCGCGGCCGAGCGAGACCUCGCGCUCACCUACGACCCGAAGGGACUGGCGGAGACGAUGCGGUCGUCCACGACGUACGCGGCGUACUUCGAGGAGCACGCGAGGUGCACGAGGGCGACGGCGGCGGCGGAGGGCGGGUGCAAGGACGCGGGUUCGGGCAGGAGCUCGAGGUGCGAGAAUGAGGAGCGAGAACGCGACGCGAGAGCCAUCGCCGAGCUGGACGAUUUCGACGAGCGGGUUGGGUACUUUCACGAGACGAGUUUGAGGGACAGGUGUAAGGACAGGGGAUGGAUCCUGAGCCCGGCGGGGAGGCGAACCGGCGGGGUGCCCGCGACGCCGACGACGCUCCGCGUGAGUAACCCGCCGGUGAGCUUCCAGAGCCCUGAUUUUUAA